AUGACAACAUUAAAUGAUAUUAUUAAUGAAUUAUUAAAACAAGAUAUAAAUAUUGAAGAUUUAAAUAAUAUUGAUACUAAUAUUAAUAAACAAGAUAAAAAAGAAGAUAAUCAAGAAGUUUUUAAUAAAUUAUCAAGUUAUUUACCAAUUAUAUCAAAUAAUAAUUUAGAAUGUUUUAUUAAAGAUACCUAUGAAAAACUUUCAAAAUUGGAUAGUAAAUUAACAUAUAAACCAAAUGAAGAAACUAAAUUAUCAUUAUAUCCAUUAAAUAAUCAAUUUUAUGAUACUAUCACUGAAUUCUCUUUAAAAUAUAAUUCGAUCAUUAGAAAAGAACAACAACAACAAAAACAACAAAAGCAAUCCAAAUUAACAAAUAUUAGUAAUGAAACAAAACAAUUAUCAAAAAUAUAUAGUUCAUUAUAUUAUCUUUUUUAUAUAAAUUUAUUUAAAAUCAUCUUAAAAGUUUCAAAAUUGGAUGAUUUACAUUCACUAUUUGAUGAAUAUUAUUUAGAUGAUGAUGAUAAUGAUACUGAUAAAGAUGAUGAUGAAGAGGAUUUGCAUGAAAGAUUAAAAAGAAGUGAAAAUGAAAGCAAUGAAAAUGAGACCAGUGGUAAAAUUGUUGAAAUUAAUGAUACAGAAAAUAAAGAAGAUAAAGAAGAUGCUUAUGAACCAUUUGAAAAUAAUAAUAAUAAUAAUGAUGAUGAUGAUUUCCAUUCAUAUUUUAGUGGUGGUGGUGAAAUUAGUUGGAAAUCAAUAACUAAUAAAUUAUUGAAAAUAAUUGAACCAAUUUCAUAUGAUCAUAUUUCAGAUGAUACUGUUUGGGAAGAUUAUUCAAUGUUACAAGAUAUUGAAGAAGUUUCAUCAUUGUUAGUCUCAAAUAAUAAUUUAUUACUUCAACAAUUAUUACCAAAUUUCAUCUAUUUACUAAGAGAUAGAAUGAUUCAUAAUGUUUCUGAUAUUCCAUACAUUUUACCAUUAGUUUUUAAAAUUUUACAAAUUAAUCAACAACAAAAUGAUGAUAAUAAUAAUAAUAAAUUAUUAUCACCAUUUCAAUUUAAAACAAUUUUAUCAAUAUUAUCAAGUUUAUCAUUAAUCCCUUCCUCACAAAUUGAUUCAAAAAGUACUCUUUGUAUUUCAAAAUAUAUUCAUCAAUUAUUACCUUAUUUACUUGAUAGAAUUGCAUUUUGGGUUUCAAUUCCAAAUGAUCAAUUUAUUCAAAUUAAUUCAAAAAUUGAAUUUGAAUCAAUUACAAAUUUAAUUUAUUUUUAUUCUGAAUUCCCAUUAAAGGAAAUCGAUAAUGGUGAAUGGGAUAAAACAUUAAUUCAUGGUGGAAUUUUGUCACAAUAUAUAUCAUUGAUUGUAUUUAAAUUUAUGGAAUCACCAUUAAAUGUUUCACCAGUACUUGAAAGUUUAACUAAAUUGUCAAUCAAAUCCAUGAUGUUUUCACAUUUUAUUCAAAAAGUUCCUGAAUUUAUUACAUUAGUUUUCAAUAAUCAACAAUUUAAAGAAACUCAACCACAUUAUCAUUUGAUUUGGAUAUUCAUUUUAAAUUGUUGUUUCCCAGUUGACAAUAAUAAAAAUAAUUCCGAUACCAAUACCACCACCGCCAGCGCCACCACCAAUGAAAAUUAUGAAGAAAAUAUCUAUUUGAAAAAUUUUGUAUUAAGCUGUGAUUCCGAGUAUCAAAAUCCGUUUCUAUGCAAAGAAGGUAAUAACAUUGAAAAUAAUUUUAAAUUGGAACAGUUUGGAAUCAUAUUAGAUAUUCUUUUUGAAGGAAAAAAGAAUCAAAAAAAUUUUAAUUUUAUCAACAGAAUCUUUUCGACGCAAUUAUUACAAAAUAAUUUAUUCAACAAAUUCGAAAAAAUAAUUAUAACAAUUAAAAUAAAUCAACAAAGAGAUAAUAAUAAUAAUAAUAAUAAUAAUAAUAAUAAUAAUAAUAAUAAUAAUAAUAAUAAUAAUAAUAAUAAUAAUAAUAUUAAAAAAACUAAAUCCGAAAAAAAAUUAUUUGAAAUUUAUAAUUCUCAUUUAAAUAAUAUUCGUUCAAAAUUAAAAUCAUUAACUUUUAAUGAUAAAAACAAAUAA